CGCCCACAAACUCACUCACUCACUCACUCAGUCAUUGCUAGCUUAAUUAGCUGAGCUUCUUCUUCUUCUCCUUGGAUCAUGGCCGACACGAGGCGCGCCGCUGCUCUAUGCGUCCUCCUGCCCCUGCUCGUCUUGUCGCUCGCGAAUCCUUACCCCGUUGAGGCCGGUUGCAGGUACACGUACCCGUGGAUGCCCUUCUGCAAAGGGUGGAUGUGCAAGGCGGAGUGCUGGGCUGAGGCGAAGCUGGACUUCGCCAGCCUCAAGGAGCACUACUGCGUCAAGGGCGGAUUCAAGGGCUACUGCUACUGCAUGUUCUGCAGCAAGCACCUCAGGGACCACGACGACGAGGUCCAAGGAGAAAAGCCGAAAGAGCUCCUCCAUUGACUCAUUAGAUUCAUGGAUGGAUCAGAUCAGUCAAUAAUUCUUCUGUCGAUCGAUCGAUCAACAGUGGAUGCAGGAAAUUCAGUUAAAUUGGUCCUAGUUUUUUUUUACGGCAAAUUGCUCCUGGUGUUUUUUUUACAGCAAAUUGCUCCUAGUUUGUUUUAGGAAUUCAUAGCAGUAGUUCCUUAGCCGUAGUUAAAGUGUAAAAUGCAUCCACGGUCCUAAUGUUAUUGAGGUGUCAAGUUCCUCAUAAAUUACUAAACUGCAUAUUUGGUUCC